AUGAAUUCUUCAAACACUACGAAUUCUACAUCAAGCAGUAGCUCUAAUUCUACUACAAGCACUUCCACUCAACAAGUCCUUACAGCUUUAAUAUCAAAUGGUAUCGUCUUUGCUGCAUUCCUUUCAGCUUUCCUUCUAUUAAGAAUAAAAUUGAAAAGAAUUUAUGAGCCAAAAUCUUCAUUCAAUCUAAUAAACGAUGAAAAAAGACCAGAUCCAUUACCGAAAGGUCUAUGGCAAUGGUUCAUCCCACUUUUGAAAAAAUCUGACAAUUUCAUAAUACAACAGGCUGGUCUAGACGGUUAUUUCUUCCUUCGUUACCUUUUCAUAAUAUCAGCUUAUUGUCUCGUAUCAAUGGCUUAUAUUUUCCCCAUAUUAUUACCAGUAAACGCAAGUAAUGGGAUGCAUCAAACAGGGUUGAAUCAAUUGGCUUAUCAAAAUAUUAAAAAUGAAAAAAGAUAUUACGCUCAUAUCUUCAUCGGAUGGAUAUUCUUUUGGGGGUUCGUUUACGUCAUUUAUAGAGAAUUGUAUUUUUAUACAUCAAUGAAGCAAGCCGUUUUAGCAUCACCAAGAUAUGCAAAAAAAUUAUCUUCAAGAACUGUACUUUUCCAAACUGUACCCAAACAAUACUUGAGUGAAGAGGAAUUUUCAAAAUUAUUCGAUGGUGUUAAAAGAGUUUGGAUAGCUAGAGGUGCUACUAACAUUGGUGUUAAAGUCGAUGAAAGGGCAUCCAUGGCUAUGCAAUUGGAAAAUGCAUUGAAUUCAUACUUGAAAUCAAUAUUGAAGAAAAUUCGUAAACAACAAAAGAAAAACACUGAUUUGGUAAUAUCAGAUAAUGUUGAAGAUUAUAUCCCAUAUAAGAAACGACCAAAAUUUAGGAAAAGAUUUUGGAAAAAGAAACUCGAUACCAUAGAUUAUAUCAAGGAACAAUUACCCGUUUUAAAUAAGGAAAUUGAAGAAAUGCAAGAAAAUCAUAUUAACGCUGAUCCAUUCAAUUCUGUCUUUGUAGAAUUCGAAUCUCAAUAUCAAGCUCAAGUCGCAUUACAAGUAUCCACAUAUCAUGCUCCUGUAUUUAUGAGUCCUGCAUAUAUUGGAUUGGAACCAAAGGAUCUCGUUUGGUUUAAUUUAAGAAUGCUUUGGUGGGAAAGAUUAAUUAGAACUCACGGUGCUGUCUUGGCAAUCAUCGCUUUGGUCUUAUUAUGGUCCAUCCCUGUCGCAUUUGUUGGUAUGAUUUCAAAUAUUACAUAUUUGACAAAUAAAUUACAUUGGUUAAGAUUUAUUUAUAAAUUACCUGAUGUCUUAUUAGGGUUAUUGACCUCGUUGGCGCCAACAAUCGCCUUGGCAGUACUAAUGAUGUUUUUACCCAUUUUCAUUAGAGCUAUGGCUGUGGUAGCAGGUUCUCCAUCUUCUCAAUUAGUUGAAUAUUUCACACAACAAGCAUAUUUCGCAUUUCAAGUCAUUCAAGUGUUUUUAGUUACAACUUUGGCAUCCGCAGCAACAUCAGCUGUCACACAAAUUGUAGAAGACCCAUCUACAGCAAUGAAUCUAUUGGCUACUAAUUUACCAAAGGCUUCCAAUUUCUACAUUUCUUAUAUUAUUUUACAAGGUAUGUCCAUUUCAUCAGGUGCAUUAUUACAAUUGAGUCCAUUGAUUAUGUUUUAUUUAUUAGGUACUUUACUUGAUAACACUCCAAGAAAGAAACAUACAAGAUUCGUUAACUUGGGAUCCAUGCAAUGGGGGACCACUUUCCCCGUCUAUACCAAUUUAGCUGUCAUUUUAUUUUCCUAUUCAAUUAUUUCUCCAAUAAUACUGUUAUUUGGAUUCUGUGGAUUUUUCCUUCUUUAUGUGUCUUAUUUGUAUAAUUUAACUUACGUGUUUCAAGAAUCUCCAGAUUCAAGAGGUAUGCAUUAUCCAAGAGCUCUUUUCCAAACAAUGGUUGGGUUGUAUAUUGGACAAAUUUGUUUACUGGGGUUAUUCGUUGUCGGGAAAGGUUGGGGUCCUAUCGUCUUACAAGUGGUUUGUUUAAUAAUUACAGUUAUUGUUCAUAUUCAAUUGAAUGAAUCAUUCGAUAGGAUUAUGCAAGUCUUACCUGUAGAUACAAUGAAACCAUUGGAUGGUAAAUCUGAUACUCCAUCUUUUAAAAAUAUUUAUAAAAAAAUUGAUGAUCCUAAUCGUAACCAUAAAUUAGAUGGAGUGAAAGAAUUGCCAAAAUUCCCAAUAAAAAAAUUCCAACCACGAUCUCAUCAAUCUAUAUUGAGGAUAGGUAGCAAUAAUAAUACAAAUAAUAGAGAAGUAUCAUCUUCCAUCUUUGAUCAAAUUACAGAAAAUACUUUAGAAUAUCAUUAUGAUUAUCAAAAAGCUAUGGAAACUAAAACUACAGUAAAUUAUAUUCCUGAAAUACCAUUAUUAGCAGAUGGUGAUACAACAACUAUACCAGACGCCCCAUUUUGGAAAAGAUUCCUUUUACCACAUAUUUAUUGUUCAUACAAAGUAGUCAAAUCAAGAUUACCUGAAAUUUAUGGAUUAAUUGAUCCUGAUGAGGUAACUGAUGAUAACAUUAUUGCUCAUGCUUAUGAUUAUCCUGCAGUUUCCGCACAGUGUCCAUCUUUAUGGAUCCCUAAGGAUGAAUUUGGAUUCUCUCAAGCGAUUAUUAGAGAUUUUGAAGGUAUUAUUAACAUAUCCGAUAAAGGAGCACAUAUAGAUCCUAAGGGGAAACUUGUCGUUGAUGGGAAACCACCAACAAAUAAAAACGUGAUGGAAGAGUCUGUAGGUUCCGAUAAUCCAUUCACAGAUGGGAAAGACACAGAAACUUUUGAAGAUGAAUCAAUUAUUUUCAGGUAA